AUGACCACGGAUGGUACGACUGAGGAGGCUGCAGAGACCAGCGGUGCUGAUGAAGCUACCAUGACCACGGAUGGUACGACCGACGAGGCUGCAGAGUCCAGCGGUACUGACGAAACCACCAUGGCCACCGAUGGCACGACUGAGGAGGCUGCUGAGACCAGCGGUACUGGAGCAACCAGCGUAACCACCGAUGGUACGACUGAGGAGGCUGCUGAGACCAGCGGAACUGGUGAAACCACCUCGACGGAGGAGGCUGCUGAGACCAGCGGUACUCGUGAAAGCACCAUGACCACGGAUGAUACGACCGAGGAGGCUGCUGAGACCAGUGGCUGCAGAGACCAGCGGUACGACUGA